UUUGCUUUCAGUAUUGUUUUGCUUUGUUUGUCGAAUGAACCUCUUUUUGAUUGAUAGUACCUGAAGGAGACUGGCUUAUUAUUUUUAAGAACAAAUCAAACCUUACAAUUGGCGAGCCAGCCAGGAGCGGUUGAACCCCGACCAAGAAAGGGCCCUCCAGGGAAAGAAAGACACGCUCCAAGAGACCGGCCACAGAUCAAACGUGUGUAGCCUGUGUCAGUUCUCUGCUGUGAUUGGUGCAGCCAUGGCAGACCAAGCCCCUUCUCGAGCCCUGGAGGCGGUGCUAAAGAGGAGCUCCUCCCUCCCAGAGGGGACCCCGCAGGUCAAAGGUUAUGACUUCAACCAGGGAGUGGAUCACAGAGCUCUGCUGCAGUCCUACCUCACUACCGGCUUCCAGGCUACCAGCUUCGGGAGAGCCGUGCAGGAGAUCAACAGCAUGAUAGAGAAGAGGCUGGAGCCUCUGGAGCAGACAGAGGAGCCCUCCGCCCCCCCGGACCUGAGCCAGCAGCAUCACUCGGGCUGUACCAUCUUCCUGGGGUACACCUCCAACCUGAUCAGCUCUGGAGUGAGAGAGUCCAUCCGCUACCUCGCACAGCACAACAUGGUGGAUGUUCUCGUCAGCACAGCGGGAGGGGUGGAGGAGGAUCUCAUCAAGUGUCUGGCCCCCACCUUCCUGGGGGAGUUCAGCCUGCCGGGGAGGGAGCUGCGAGGCCGGGGGAUCAACAGGAUCGGGAACCUGCUGGUCCCCAAUAAUAAUUACUGUCUCUUUGAGGACUGGCUGAUGCCCAUUCUUGACCAGAUGCUGCUGGAGCAGAAGACUGAGGGCACACUCUGGACUCCCUCAAAAAUGAUCCAUCGACUGGGGAAAGAAAUCAACAACCCGGAGUCUGUGUACUACUGGGCUUACAAGAAUAACAUCCCUGUGUUCAGCCCGGCCCUGACGGAUGGUUCCCUGGGGGAUAUGAUGUACUUGCACUCCUAUAAGAACCCUGGCUUAGUGCUGGACAUCGUGGAAGAUAUCCGGAAGCUGAACUCUCAUGCUGUGUUUGCCAGACGCACAGGGAUGGUGAUUCUGGGAGGAGGGCUGAUCAAGCAUCACAUCUGCAACGCUAACUUCAUGCGGAACGGCGCUGAUUUCGCGGUCUUCGUGAACACGGGGCAGGAGUUCGACGGCUCUGACUCGGGGGCGCGGCCGGACGAAGCCGUGUCCUGGGGCAAGAUCCGCGCCGACGCCACACCUGUCAAGGUCUAUGCAGAUGCUGCUCUGGUGUUCCCCCUGCUGGUUGCUGAGACAUUCGCACGACAUGCCGAUGCACUCACAGCACAGAACAAGAAGGACUGAGACCCUCCUCCCUCCCUCCCUCCCUCCAUCCAUCCCUCCCCUCUCCCCUCUCCCCUCACUCCCUCCCUCCCUCCAUUCCUCCCCUCUCCCCAGGACGUGCCCUUUUUGAUCUGUAAAAAAAUAAUAAUCAUGUUUGAAAUCCUAGUUGAGUUGCAGUGCACGCCUGAAUGAAUGAACACUGUGCCGGGAGUCUCUUGUGUUUUGAUUUCAUGUCACUGAGCUGCAUGAACCAGCAAUUCUAUCACUGAUAUGAGACAAACCAUUUUUAAUAUCAACAAUUUUUAAAAUACAUUGUGUUACAUUCAGAUUAGAACCGUUGAUAUAAAAAAUAGCGCCUUAUUUUAUUUUACCCUCGAGAAUAUAUUUGUGUGCAUGUUCAAAUUAAUCUGACCAUACUGCAGGACGCUGUCAUAUUCUCCUCCCAUUUAGAGUGCUCUUAAUAAAAUUUUCAAAAUUAAAAUCGUCUGCAAAGUU